AUGAACCGACACGAGAUGGACGAACUCUUCGGAGAAAUAAGUUCGAGCUCGGAGUCCGAAGCGAGCGGACCUACUCUCGCACCACCGACCACGACGCCGCCGACGCCUGCUCCCGCCGAGUCGCCUCCUGCAACCCCGAGUCCGGGACGGCCGCGACGUCCGCCGCGCCCGGGAACGUCGGUCCAGCGAUCCGACCGGACCAACCAACGGAAGGCCGUCCUCCUGGCCACACCACCGGAGGUAAAGCCGCGCCACCGCGGAAGGGUCGCCGCCAUGGUCAAGCCUCGACCUGACACCAGCCGUCCACCAGCUGCCAGGACCAGCAAGGCCUCGACAUCCAGGCCACCGACCGCCGGACCGCGCUCUUCCACCAGAGCCCCGAUGACCCGGCCUGCGAACAUCGGUCCGCCGACUACCCGGCCCACGACCGCCGGCCCAGCGACUGCCCGACCUACGACCAUCGGACCGCCUACCGCUCGGCCUGCAAACCUCGGGCCACGUACUACCCAGCCUGCGACCGUCGGACCGCCUACCGCCCGGCCUGCGAAUAUCGGCCCGCCGACUACCCGGCCCACGACCGCCGGCCCAGCGAUUACCCGACCGUUGGAUCGCCCACCGCCCGGCCUGCAACCACCGGACCAUCCACGCCCGCCGGACCCCCCGCCACCCGACCGGCCACCACCCGACCCCAGACCGCCAGGCCACCUAUCGCCGGGACCAUUCCCGUCCGCCUAG